GACCCGGCGACGGGGGCCAUGAGCCGCCAGGGAGACCCGGCGACGGGGGCCAUUGAGCUGCCCCGGUCGAUGUGGAAGCUGAUAGAAGAGUUCGUGUCGGUCAGCGAGAGAGAUGAAAUCAGGCAGGUCCUGGGAGAAGCAGCGGUGGACCUGAGCCUGGACCUGCACGCGGAGGUGGCCAUCCUCAUGGAAAUCUGGCAUGAGAUGAAGGAGGGCCAGGCCCUGGCUCAUUCGCAGGACCCGAUGUCAGUGCUACUGGAGCCUGCUACCAUCAAGAGUCUUCUUCGCCACGAUAUUCAGCUGCUGCUUUUAAACAUUCAGAAGAAAGCACUGGAUGAGGGCAGGAAUGAGAACGAAGCCCUUUCAAGUUAUAAUCGCAGCGUUGUCAGUUUUGCACUAGGACAGAGUUGGCCUGGAAGUGGAUUGAGCAGGCCUGGCAGCACAGACCGCUCAAAAGACCGAAUGUCACCACAGAGGAGACCCAAUACUAGUGAGAGUCAAAGUCUUGUGUUUAAUAUGGAAGACUUAAAAGACAAGCUGAACAUUCAAAACAUUGACGACAUUGUGUUGCAUUUACAAUCCAUCUUGCAGGAGGAAUGCAGCAUUCUGAAUAAGUGUAUCCUGUUCUUGCAGAAAUCCUUGGAGGAAGAACAUCUGAGCAACAGUGAGCUCGUGGCAAUAAAUAAAGAGCCAUCGAUUGCAGAACUCAAAGAGGAAAGGAAAAUCCUUGAGCGAGAUCUGCUGCUGACGUCAUCGAUCCAAAACCUGGCUUUGCCCUCCAUCCUGUCUGGGCCCACGUCCUCACAGGUGUCCUACAGAAACAUAGAACCAUUGAGUGGAGGCCCAGCAGAUCUAACCAGGAGAAUUCCUUUCUUACCAUUGUCGUCGGGGCGAUCUGAAGCUAACCUAGAGUCAUGCAUGAAACUGCAUAGUCCAUCUGAGAGUGGAUCAUGGGUUUAUCCUAUAAAGCCUGAAAGGCUUUCUACGUUGCCAUACAGAACCUCUCUUAUGCCUCUCUCAGAACCUAAUUGUCAGAUUGAUGGAACACCGAAUGCCUAUGCCCCUUUCCACUCCAAGGUGAAAGUUCAGAGUAAACUUCAAACACAUGCAUUGGGUGUUGAGUCCAGGACAUUAAGUAUGACUGAAAUGUUUCCCACAUGUGGCACAACUCCUAUUGAAGAACUGUCAUCUUUGCAAAACGAAAUGCAAAUGUCACUGAUGUGCGCAGAGGCUACCAAUGAGCUUCCAAUCGAACCACUGUUAACCUCGUCUUUAGGUCACACAGAAAUCCAUCGUUCCACGGAGAAACCGAGGACUUUGCCCUCAAGGUUGAGAAGCCCAACUGAGGUGCUGCCAUCAAGAGCUAAGUUGGAAGGUCAUAUUCUUAUCCCAGCACCACCGUCAUCUGAGAAGCCCAUUAAUGCUCAGCCUAUCUCUGGCCGGAGAGUGAGGAGAGCACACACCGACAGUCUGACUGGCACUGCAUAAAUAAUAACAAACUUGGAGCUGGGUUGGUGUGAUUUGAUUUUGUUUGAAAUGAAUUGAAAAAAUUGGUGUCUAUUGAUCGCCAUCAGAAUACACUUACAAGUUCUCUGUAUCAUUCCCAAUAAUAUGGUGUUUGCAGUUCAUUUAUUUCCAUGUUGUCACCUCAUCCUUACUUUACAUCUCUGAGGUGAGUGUUAACUGGAAUAAGAGAAAAAGGGAACAUUAAAAACAGAGUAUCAAAGAUGUUUAUUUUCUUACAACUUGAAUAAAGGAUGGAAAUAAAAUAAUCUGAAGCGA